AUUGUUUGUGCGUACAUCGCUGAAAAACGUGCAAAUCGCGCACAACUUCGAUUCUAACCUCAAUUAUGAAAUGUUUCAAACUCAGAAGGCGCGGAUUUUAGUUUUAAAAGAAUUUACAAAAUUAUGGCGCUACGAACUUUAUUACUAUAUUUAAUUGUUCCGUUAGUAUUCGUGAGUAUUACCGUAAAGUGUUCGAAAUUAAAUGUUCCGCGAGUAUUACUACCCAUCUUCAAUGACUUUGCAACAAAUUUUACUUUGGAAGCUACAGAAGGAGGUUGCUACAAAUGGAGUACAACUAGAUAUGAUAUAAUACAAAUAACCGCCUUAGAUGAAGAUCCUGAAUUGGAAUGCUCAACUAAGGCCCUAGUGAGUACUGUAACAAAAGAAGCAGCAAGGAAUAUGGCUGUUGUUUUAGCCGAAGAUACCAAUACCAAACAAAUGCUCAGAUGUGAUGUUAUGGUAGAUGCUAUUCAUGAACUAAGGAUCACCACUACAACAAGAGAGCUUUUCAUGGAAGAGGCACCAGAAGACUUUGAAGUUAAUGCUUAUGAUGAUCAGGGUAAUGAGUUUUCUUCACUAGAAGGAAUAGAGUUUGAUUGGAAUAUAGUAUCUUUGGGUCCAAAUAGAGAAGCUGUUUUACGAUAUAUUGCAUUUAGAGAUUCUCCAUAUGAAACUCCUCCUGGUAUAGAAGCUCUAGAGAAAGAAUCAAAAAAGGGAUACUCUAUACUACUAGAGGGAGUAAAAAGUGGAUCUGCUAAAGUCAGCGUACGAUUACCUUACACUGAAUAUAAACAAAUACCAGUUUGUGAGGUACAGCUAAUGGUUGUAGCAAAUUUGUUGAUAACACCCCCAGAAGCUUACAUAAUGAAAGGAGACACAAUUCCUUUCAAAAUAUUUUUUUUGAAAAAUGGUAGGAUGGAAGAAGUGGAAUUGCCAGAUUCUCAGUACUAUCUUGAAGCAGAAAAUCAACAAAUCGCUUUUUCGACAAAAAAAACUGGAGAUAUAAUAGGAUUAAAAGAAGGUGUGACUAGGAUUGUUUUAAGGGAUAGAAACGUCAACAAAGACGAUCCUCUGUUAAAAUUACCAGCUGCGAAUCUCCAUGUUGUUGAACCGGAUUAUUUAGUUUUGAAUAUUUUACCUCACAAAAAUUGGGCUAUACUUGUCGCUGAUCAUCAUGAUAUAGUAGCAGAGUUAUACACAGUGGAUGAUCACAAAAUAUUUAUUGGGAAUUUUGUAAAAAUAGAAAUGGAAGUAACUCCAGAGUUUGUGGUAGUUGAGAAGUCUUUGAAUGGUAGUUGGCUUACAGGUUAUGGUGUUAAACCAUGUGUUGCAGUAGUCCAAGCCAGUCUAGAUAGUGUGAAGAGCGAAAAAAUUGGCAAAGUCUCUUUUAAUAAACCAAUUAACGCCAGAAAUGACAUUUUAAUAUUUCCAAGGAUCAGUAUCAUACCUUCUGAAGUUAUUUUACCUUGGGAUCCUGUGACAAGACCAAAGUAUGAAAUAUCACUAACGGCGAAAGGAGGUGACGGUAAAUUCAUGUGGAUUAGUACAGAUAACUCCCUAGGUAUGGUUAGCCAAUCUGGACACGUAAGAACCCAGUCAAAUGGAUUUUUUGAAGUAGCAGCCGUAAUGUUACGUAACCAUCACAACAGAGCAAACGCUAAAUUUCUCAUUUUACCUCCAUCACGUUUAGAAAUCGUUGAGUUCGUUAUGGAAGCCGAAAUCGGUUCUCCUGUAUAUCUACAUAUAGCAUUGUACGCCGAACAGGAAAAAGAUGGUCGAGUUAUUCAUCUGCCUUUUAGUAGAUGUCAAGAAUUGCCUUUUCAAAUAAAAAUGUCCGAUGCAAAGUUUAGGGCUAACAAGACUGCGACAUUGCCGACUGUGGGAAUUUCUUGCGGCAACAUUGCGAUGACUGCCUUAGAAAUUGGUACCAGUAAGGUUACCAUAACAUACUACCAAGAUGGAAAAGCGUUAGAAGAUUCAGUCACUUUGAGUGCCUUUAAAGCCUUAACUCUCGUAGAACCAUGUAAUGAAGUUGUACUGGCCGUUGGUACCAGUAUUAACUUAGUAUAUGCUGGAGGUCCUCGACCAAUGAUCGGUCGUGCUGCAGAUUUUCAACGUAUCGUCGUCAGUGAAGAUGAAACAAUAGCUGUAGCCAUUGAUGUUACCGAUAGAUAUAAACCUCCAAGAGAAGAUACUACCGUGGUGGAGGUAUUAUGUCGAAAAAUUGGAGAAACUGAUGUAAAAUUGAUGAUAAGCAAUACACCGACAGCUUCAAACUGCAAAUCGCAAACACAUAGUGUAAGAACGAGAAUAAAUUGUGCCAAACCGAGGAAAAUAGUUCUGCAACCCGAAUUAAAAAUAGCCGAUAGCAACGCGUGUCCCAUGGAUUUGGGUUCUGGUAACGUCGUAGUACAAAGUACAAGAAAUAUUGACAUCGACGUUUCUGUUUUCGACGAGUCCGGACUAAAAUUUUUGAACAUUAGUAGUUUAAACCUAGGUUGGACAGUUGAACCUUAUAAUAGUGCUGACGUACAAGUUAAUAAUGGAGCAAUUCCAAAAAAUUUGACUUUUGGUGAUAUACCAAUUUCUUUUAGAUGGUAUCAAGCUCUAGAACCGAGUCUUGAUAGAGGACAGGUAGUUGUUAAUGUUACUGCUAUUGGAUACAAAAAAGAGGUACUUAAACCAUACAAAAUAACUGCAGAAUCUCCUGCAUUUAUCACCGAUGAGGACCACGGGGUAAUGGUACCCCCGAUUUUCUUCUCCCUGUCUCUUUAUUUAGUUGAAGACGCCGUCAUCUCGCCGAAUAUAUUAACUGUAUUCAACCACCCCGGAAAUAAAAUCACCGUACCCGUGAAACAAGGUUCCGGUUUCUUUGAACUAGCCGUAAGCGCCGAUGACGUGGCUGUCGUUAAAUAUUUGGAAUCAUCGAAAGAGAUAGAAAUAACGCCUCUUAAAUCAGGCGAAAUGACAGUUCAAGUUAUAGAUUUAUGUUUAGUAUCGCGACCUGCUCAUUUGAUAGUAAAUGUCGUAUCUGUUGGUAUUAUAAGAGUGGAGAUGGUCGACAAAGUGGAAAUCGCUAAAUGUAUAUCAGUCAUUGUUAGAUUAUAUGAUGAAAAUGAUAAUCUAAUGAAUAUACCCGAUCCGAAUAUGAUUGAUCUGAGGCCUGAAUUUAGGGAUAAUAUUGCUAAUAUCUAUUUGGCGGAAGAAAAUCCAUUGGAACCAUGGGGCUUCGGAGAAGUUCACUACGUUAUUACAGGUGUGGAAUUGGGAGAUACAAAACUCGUAUUUUCGGUAACUGGUAGUGAAGAAGAAGUACACAGCGCGCCGUUGGAUUUGCAAGUUUUUGAACCUUUGAAAUUAUCUCCGAAAAAUGGUUCUCUCAUCAUCAACUCUAAAAUGCAGAUCUUUUCUAAAGGCGGACCAACACCCGACGUUAACAUCGUUUUUCAUACAGAAUCAAAAAUAAUAAAGGUAACCGAGAAAGGAGUUAUAAUUGGUAAAUCACUAGGAGUUGCGAGAAUAUAUGGAAGAUCCAUUGGUGUGCAUCCAUUUAGUGGACAGAGUAUUAUUUACGCAGAAGACUAUGUGGAAAUACAAGUAGUUAAACUCACUGGAAUUAAAGUUGUGGCACCCUUGACGAGAUUUAAAGUAGGCGCAAUAGUGCCGUUUUGGGCUUGGGGUGUACCAAAUAUUUCACCAAUGGUCUUGGGAGCUUUCGACGAUCCACCGAUAAUAUUCAAGUGGAAUGUAGAUGAUAAAUUAUUGGUCGAUCUUAGUGGCGUGUUUCAUCCUGUUGGUGUUUUUAAGAAAAAAUUAGACAGGGUUGGAGCUAAAGUGACGGGUCUUCAAGUAGGAAAAACGAAAUUAUUCGUUAAUGCCACUGUACCAGGAGCUACUUGCAACAUUAUGAAUUUGGAAACUAUUACGUUAUCUAGUUGGAUAGAAAUCGAAAUUAUACCGGAAUUUCUAUUGACAAAGCCUAAAAAUUUGCCGGCAAACCCGCUGCUUAUAGCUCCAUUUUCACAACUUCAACUAGAAACUAAUAUGGAAGGAAGUACUACCACCAAAAUAACAUAUCUAUUACCCGGUGAACAUACAAUAUCAACCGACGUUUUAGCAAAUCCAUUUGCUACCGGUGAUGUAAUUGUAUCGAUUAGUCCGACAGGUCUUCUACAAUCUUACGGAGUUCUUGGGCAAACGUUGUUAAUCGUCACUGCAAUAGACGAAUUAGGUCUUAAACAACGACUAACGAUGGUAGUAGAAGUGAGAGCCAUCCAGUAUAUGAAUUUGAUAGUUACUGCAAAUUGGCAUAUUCAUUCUGAUAGUCAACUGCGAACAGUUCCAUUGGGUACCGAAUUCAUGAUCAGGGCUACUUUUCAUGAUAAUGUCGGUAAUAAAUUCCAUGCGGGUCCGAAAGAAUUGAAAAUCAGGACUAGUCGUUGCGAUUUGUUGAAAAUCGUAGAAAGUAAAGAAGACGCAUCUGUUAUUGUUUACACGAAACACUCUGGAUCUACUAUGGUAAAAGGUUGGGCUGAAGGUAUCCAACAAACUGCUGAUUAUAUGAAAAUUCAUGUGGAACAAUCAGUACGACCAAAUUUGGAUAGUCUUACAAGCGGUGACGUAAUUUGCCUUUGGACUCCGGUGGUUAACGAAUACAACGUUCCGGGUACAUGGAAAAGUAGUGACGACUCUCUCUUACACAUCAAUCCAGCAUUGGAUAUAGGAUUUGUUGGUAACAAGGAAGGAGUGGUCGUCGUGACACAUUCUUUAUUGAGAAGCGCUCCUAUCUACAUACAAGUGCACAUUGUUAGUGAAAUAGAAUUUCUGGAAUCCCCUAAUAUAAUGUUGACAAAUGGAGAAAUUCAUAGCGUUGUAAGAGUGGUGUUAGUACUACAAAAUGAGAAUACCGUCGGCAUCAAAACCAAUAACUUAAUUCAAGGCUGGAGGUGUCGGUCGGAUAUAAGGAAAAUAGUAAGACCGACAGGAUUCAAAUGUUUUAUUGAUUUCUCAAACACUUCAGUACCAAUUACUAUCGAUCGUUUGUUUAACAUUACUCCUAGUUGGGUACCAGAUACUGGUCAAUAUGCUUGUAAACUAAUUAAUCUUGGAGUCAAUGGAACGGACAUAUCAGUACUAAGAACCAAUGUUUUACUUUGGGCUACCACAGGUGAUGGCCAAACAACCUCCAAAAAUGUAACCUUAAAGUUUUUGCCAGGCGUUUAUACUGUUACUGAGAUCAUUUUGGAAAAUAGUUACGUAGGGGAAUUUGUAGUUAUUGGUUUACCAGAAGUUCUAAAACAAUUGGAUGUUUCUCCAGCAGAUAGUAGUAUAUUAUACGUAGAUAGCGGUAGUUCAGUCAAUGAAACUGCAACGAAAUAUGAGAUACAAUUAAUAGAUUAUCACUGGAGAUUGGCUAAUUUAGAAGAAGCAAUGGGCAUUAUAAUAAUUUCACCAAUAACCAAACAGGAAAUCAAGAUCUUGGUCAGAGUUAGUGGACAAUUGGAAAAAAACGUAUGUGUACCUAGUCGAUCACCAGUACUGUCAUUCUUAAAGACCUACAAGUACGCUCUAGCAACUGCAGCAGUAAUGUUAUUAAUUUUCUUCCUAACAUUCUACUUCUAUUCCAACUAUAUGCAACCCGUCGUAAACGUCAACCUAAAUUCUACUAGAUCGAUGUUAACUAAUAGUUUACAAACAUCACCAGUAUCAUGUCAAACGCAAGCUCAGUGCGCCGCCCUGAGAGCGUCUAUGCCCACUCAUCAGUGUAACUUCUGUGCAAAUAGAAGAAUAUCUCCUGAUGUCUCCAGAUUCUAUCCGAGAACUACAGGACAUCCAAAUACAUCACGAUCGCCUUGUACGGCUAAUUGUAACAGAGAACCGAUUUAUGGAGAUGUCAGUACGUUUUACACUAGUCCCGAAGUUAGGACAAAUAGAAGAAUGAUGUAAUUUGUAACCCCGCUACAUUCACUGCCUUCAAAAUUGUUUUACAAUGAUUGGACAAAAAGGGGAUGCAAAGGUCUUGUUACUGAAAGUAAACUAAUAGUUGUGAUAGUACUAUGAUUAUUUUUUCAUUAUUGUAUAUUAAAUUUACAAUUCGCUUUCCAAUAAAUAUUUUUUGUUUUUUGUCUAACAAGUUUUCGUUGUUAUUUAAAAUGGAGUCAUGUGAAAACGGUACUUAGUAUAUUAUACGAAUUAUGUCCAAAAUUUAAAGUUUGUUUGUCCACUCAACAUAAAAAUUUUUUUUCACAAAUAUACACUUCUUUGUUUUUAAUCAUUUUUUUUGUAAUAAGGAUUCCAUUAGUUGUCAAAUAUAAUUUUGAAUUUUUUCCCAAAUACUACAAUUAUUUUUUUACUGUAUGCAAUUUCCCUUUUAGGAUAACUUUGAUGAAGAAAAGAACUUCAAUAAAUCUCAUUUCUUCAUUUUCCUUAAACAGAUUUGAUUAUUCUAAAGCUUCCCGUAACAUUUUCGAUCAAUUAUUCAUUCGGAUCGAAACUAUUUCGCUAUUUUUGUAAACAAAUAAAAGUCAUAUCUGAAUGGUAAGGUAGAUUGGGAUACAAUUUGAACUAUUUUAAAAUAUUUUUGACAUGUAGAUAUAGACUAAUGGUAUGUUGAACUGUCUUAAUGAAAGAUCUCUUUUCUUCUUCGCCCAUAGCAAAAUUCUUCCAUCAAAUGAUUUUAAUUUGUCUUUUUAAGAUAAUUGGAGAAUUUAAUAUCAUACGUAUCCAAAAAUAUAGCGCCAUAUGUAAACCCCGUAUUUUGUACGCUAUAUAAAGUUAUAUUGAUUUUUCAAGUGGCUACCUUACACAACAAUUGAGUUCUGUUUCUUUUUAUACUAAUAAAACUCCUUGGUUGUUAUAUUUUCUUUUAUUUUGUAAUUUUUGUACAUACAGUCUGUUGGUUAUCACGCCUAAUUGAGUUUUUUUGUCCAUACAGUUGUUAUGUCGUAUAUUUUUUCUGUUACUCCUCUAUUGCUCAUAUAUUCCAUUUGCCAUAUUGCCAAUAUAUUCAUACUCAUUUCGAUUAAGAAUUUUAUAGAUAUACAAAAAACGGAAUUUUGACACUGCCUGAAAAUUGUUAGAAAUUUCUUGUAGAUGAAAACUCGAUUAGAAUCCGAAUUUAGUACUUUUCUCAAUUUCCUUGUAUCAACAAUUACAAACUGUUUUUAUUUUAAUGUAGAUAUUAGUAGAAUUUUUGUAAAGCUAAGGAAACUAAUUUUUUGUUUUUUUUCUUUGUUAAGACUGCCAUCAACGUCAAAAUAUAUUAAAAACAAUUUUUUACUGUAUGUAUUGUAUAAUUUUGAUUUUUCAAUAAAACAUUGAUUUGUA